AUGUUAAAAUAUAUUCAAGAAGAUAAAUGCGCAUUAUGUCUCAUUGAAAUGAAAUUUGAAUGGAAUCGGCCAGGAGAUAUAUCCCAGUGGACAAGUCUAGUUCAUGCUGUUCACAUAAGGAAUAUGGCUAAAAAAUCGAGAAAUAAUCAGCGCAAGACUGCAGAUAAGGAAGACAGGAUAGAGUUGUAG